CGUGGCCCUCCACCAGAUGUCCCAACUGCAAACCCUGCCGAUCACAUUUAUUUGCACACGGAUUGGUUUUUUUACAAGGUGAGACAGAAGCAGGGAGUAGUGCCAAGAGUGGUACCUGUGGUGCAGCUGCUCUGGGGAGGCAGACAGGGACUGAAGGAAGGAGAAGAAGGCAUGGAGCCCGUCCUGCCCAUCUGAUACUAUCUACUUAUGCUGCCCUUACUGCCUGAGUGAUGCACAUUGGUGAUGUAUGUAGUUAUUAUUGGGAAAAAAAUCAGAGUGGCUGGAAAAAUAUUGUGUCUGGAGAGCUUGUUGCUCUUCCACAGAGUGAUGCUGGGUCUGCGAUUUAUCUGGGUCUAAGGAACCUUCAGAACUGGUAUCUUCAGAUAAACUCCAGGUCCAUCUGUAAUGAAAGGAGCAGUGCAGGUGUGUUAGGGCUUUAUAUAAUGGCCUCUAAUAGGCAACUGAAGGAGCAGUGAGGAAAAAGUGACUGUGGCUAUGAGCAGUGGGAAUCAAUAGGUAUGAAUGUUGAGUUCUUUCUUGCACUGUGCACUCUAUCUGUAAUAACAGAUACAGCCCUAGACAUGGGCUCUCCUGCCUUUGAACAUAUGAGUUGCUUGCUGUUACUGUUGACUCUGGUAAGCCCUUCUGCUGCUGCUUAUUUGGAUGAGCCUAGCCUGGGUAGUAGUUUGUUGCCUCACUAUGGACAUGACCGCGCUGGUGCUGUUGGUUCUUCACAAGAUAAGAGACUGCAGGUAUUCACGAUGGACUACAACAAUGUGCAAAUUCCAUAUGAAGUCACUCUUUGGAUACUCCUUGCCUCUCUUGCAAAAAUAGGUUUCCAUCUCUAUCACCGAUUACCAAGACUCAUGCCUGAAAGCUGCAUCCUGAUUGCCAUUGGAGCACUAGUUGGAGCGAUCAUCUUUGGUACUGACCACAAAUCCCCACCAGUGAUGAACACAAGUAUUUACUUCUUGUAUCUCCUUCCACCCAUUGUGCUGGAAGAGGGUUAUUUCAUGCCAACUCGUCCAUUCUUUGAAAACCUUGGGUCCAUCUUGUGGUGGUCUGUACUAGGAUCUCUGCUGAACUCAUUUGGGAUUGGCCUCUCCCUCUAUGGCAUCUGCCAGAUUGAAGCCUUUGGUCUGACUGACCUGAACUUGCUGCAGAACCUGCUCUUUGGCAGCAUGAUCUCAGCUGUGGAUCCUGUGGCAGCUCUGGCAGUUUUUGAAGAAGCUUCUGUUAAUGAGCAGCUUCACAUGAUGAUUUUUGGAGAAUCAUUGCUAAACGAUGGCAUAACUGUGGUGUUAUACAACAUCUUCAUCGCCUUCACCCAGAUGCACAAGUAUGAAGAGAUUGAAUCCAUUGAUGUCCUUGCUGGUUUUGCUCGCUUCUUCGUUGUGGGGCUGGGUGGCAUGCUGUUUGGCAUUGUCUUUGGAUUUGUUUCAGCCCUCAUGACUCGAUUCACCCACAACAUCUCUGCUAUUGAACCCCUGCUAGUCUUCAUGUUCAGUUACCUGUCAUACUUGUGUGCUGAAAUCCUUUACAUCUCGGGCAUCUUGGCGAUGACAGCAUGUGCAGUGACUAUGAAAAAAUAUGUGGAAGAGAAUGUUUCCCAGAAUUCCUACACAACAAUAAAAUACUUCAUGAAGAUGUUGAGCAGUGUCAGCGAGACCUUGAUCUUUGUUUUCAUGGGAGUUUCUACAGUGGGGAAAAAUCAUGAGUGGAACUGGGCCUUCAUUUGCUUCACUCUGAUUUUCUGCCUCAUUUGGCGGACACUGAGUGUAUUUGCCCUCUUCUAUGUUAGUAACAAGUUGCGAACAUACCCCAUCACCUUCAAAGACCAACUCAUUAUUUCCUACAGUGGUCUUCGCGGAGCCAGCAGCUUUUCUCUUGCGUUCUUGCUUCCAGUGAAACUCUUCCCAAGAAAAAAAUUGUUCAUUACUGCUACGCUUGUAGUUAUAUAUUUUACUGUGUUCAUCCAGGGAAUCACAAUUGGACCAUUGGUCAGAUAUCUGGAUGUUAAAAAGACCAACAAAAAGGAGUCCAUCAAUGAAGAAAUUCACAUGCGUUUGAUGGAUCACUUGAAGGCUGGUAUUGAAGACAUAUGUGGACAUUGGAGUCAUUACCAGCUCAGAGAUAAAUUUAAGAAGUUUGAUAAUAAGUAUUUGAAGAAAAUCUUAAUUCGGGAACACCAACCCAAAUCCAGUAUUGUCACAUUGUAUAAAAAGAUGGAGAUAAAACUGGCCAUCGAGAUGGCUGAAAAUGCCAUGAAAAUUUCAGAAUCAUCCACAGCUUCUUUACCGCGCUGUAGAAAGCGGCGUAAUCACAAGCUCUCCCCUGCAGAGGUAGAGUCCAUGAGGGAUGUCCUGGCCCAUAACCUGUACCAAGUGAGACAAAGGGCACUGUCAUACAACCGCCACAACCUGCCUUCCAACACCAGCGAGAAACAGGCCCAGGAAAUCCUCAUCCGUCGGCAACACAGCCUGAGGCAGAGUUGCAGAAAGGGGAAUAGUUUACCUUGGGGAAGACCGGUUAAUACCACAAGUGUGCGCUACCUCUCCUUGCCACAGGACCAUAGUGGCCAGCCCACUAGGCGGAAAGCCAGACAUGUUACUUUUACAGAUCACCCCAGAAGUAGUUCUGAGUCUGGAAUCCCAGUAAAGUUCAAACCUCAGCCCCGACUAUGGCCACUAGAAACAAAACACUACCCAGAGGAGCUGGUUCCAAUGGCACACUUGGAUAGAUGCGACCGUUCAUCCCAUUUCUCAGGUCGAAGAGGAAGUACGAUCAAUCGUCAUCAUUUCACCAGAGCACACAGUCGAGCUGCAAUGCCAAAGCCUCGAGGCACUGUGAGAAAACUACAGGGGUAUGAGUCAGAAGAAGAGACAGAAAUCAUGGCACCAGCUAAGCCAUUAGAUAUAUGAGGAGCAGAGAAGAGCAAUAUUUGCAUCUCUAGGGCCCUUUGUGCACUGUUACAGAGAAAAUAACAAAGCUCUUAUAUGAACCAAACCACAAUUUUUCCUUUGGGACCAGUGCAGUCAUUCUCAUAUCACUUUUAAGUACUGUAUCAAGGUACUUAGUGGUACUCAGACACAAAUUCUUAUAUGUUUAUAUUAAGCUGCCUUUUGGUAAAACAGUGCAGGAAAGAGAGGAACAUGAUCUUUGUAGGGAUUUGGGCAUGGGUUUAGAUAACAACAGUUGGGCAUUCUAGUUGGGAGCUGAUAUUUCCAUCUUUUGUUCUAAACUGUGGAUUAAAUCCAAGAGAACGAAUCACAGGUGAUAAGGAUGUGGUUAAGACAUGGGUGCCCAGAUUGGUAACUUUAAAGGUCUAAGCAAGUUGAACCUUAGAGUAGCUGAAAUGUUCCACGUAAGAAUGGGGAUAAAGGCAUUUUUAGGACACCUAAAUACCACUGAAAAUGCCUGGAAGGGUACACAAAUGAAAAUAAUUAUUUAGUGGUCAUUCUAAGCUCUUGGAUAUCCACCAGCAUCUCAGGUUUUGGCUUUGGAAAAGUGCCUGAAGUGAGUUAUAGGAUGGUCUGGGAUUCCUGAAACUUCAGUGUGGAUGCGUAACCCAUGUACAGUUUUUUUAGAUAAAGAAAGGAUAUAUUCUAGUUCUAACAAAUCCAGAGAUAACUCUUCUGGAAGGGAUGCUGUUUGGAGACUAACAUGAAGCUCAUAUUUUUCAAAUAUGAGACAGCAAGGAUGUGCAAAAUAGACAUGUGAUUAUAGCUCUAGUCUAGUGAGGCAGAAGUGUUUGUCAUGGAGAAGCUAACCGCCAUCUCUCGCUCCCACCUUGCUGGGGGUGCCCAAAUCACUAGGCUAUUCUUGUCACUGAAGCUGGAUUGGCACCCUAGGUGGGAAACAAGAGUUGGACAAAAAAGAAAAGAGAGUCUAGUCUGACUUUAUAUCCUUCUGGCUAGCAGGAAAUAAAGGCUCUGUAUUGUGCUGCCAGAUUUUUAGGACUGUAGACGCAUAGAAUCCUCAGAAUUGGAAUAUGACUGUAAAAGUCAUCUAGUCCAACUCUCCUGCAAUGAACAAGGAUAUAUCCACAAGUAGAUAACGUUGCUCGAAGCCUGAUCUGUCCUGGCCUUGAAUGUCUCAAUGGAUGGGGCAUCCACCAGCUCUCUGGGCAACCUGUUCCAGUGCCUUACCACCCUCACUGUAAGAGACUUUUUCCUUAUAUCCAACCUAAAUCUCCUCUCCUGCUGAGCAUUCUUUUCAGCUGACUCCAUGUACUCAUGCACAAAUUUCAAAAGUAAAUCCCCCUAAUGCUAAGAACAAAGGAAGCAAGAAGCUGUGGGCCUGGGACAUAUUUGUUGAAGUCUAAACUUCCAAUCAGAAACACUGGUCAUCUAAGUGCCUCUGACUGAGCUUCUUUCUGCAAAAUGGAAGAGGCAUUACCAGUGUUGUUAAACUGUAGGUAAGCAAAUUUUAAAACAAAGGAAUAAUUUGAGUCCAGAAGUCCAUAAACUCGCCCUUACAGCUCUACUAAAAUUUGCAGCUGAGAAAUUCAUCAAGUUUGGUCACUUUCUUCCAGUUUCUCUCUUCUAGUCAAAGCUUGCUUAGCUAUCCAACAUGAGAUCUGUAAAUGUACUGCAGGAAGCAGAAAGAUAAGAGAUAGUGAUGACAGUGACGCCUUUCUGAUUCUGGGGGAAGAUUUUACUGUUAAGCACUUGCCCAAAAGAUCUUUGAAGAGUAAGUUAUGACUUCAUCACAUUUCUUACAAUGGAUUUCUGAUUCAGCAGAGGUAGUAUCUAAACUAACAAACUGGAAGGCAUUACUGGAGAAAGAAAAAAUGAAAGCUUUCUUUUUUUUCCUCAUAUUUGAAAGUGUUUUUUGUUAAUAUUUAAAGAUCAUAAUGAAUCAUCAGUACUGAAACUUUACUGAGCUUUCUGAAUCUUAGGUUCUGUUUGCAUUUCCUCAUUGUACCAGAUAGAUAAAUUAUCUAACUUCCUUUUAUGAAAGGGUAAGCUUUGUCUUUUGUUCUGACAAUGAGCAAACAAACACCAUUCUGUAUCUGAAAAUCAACAAAUAAAUCCU